AUGACUUCAGCCACACACACAAAGCAAAUAGCCUCGACCGCCUUAGCGUCUUUCUUACAGGCUCGAACCGCUGAGGUUCCGACCAGUGAUGUCUCCCGUGCCCUUCGCCGGAAGCAACAGCGGGAGUGUAAGAAGCGCUCACGCAGCAAUUCCGCUGUCGACCCCGGGGAGAAAGGCAAUUCGGAAUUUAAGCUCUCUAAGACGAUUUCCAAGAAGGAUCCAAGAAGGUCCACCAUAAGCAAGGAGGAGCGAGAUAUCAGACAAAGGAUACUACAAAUGCGAGAGAAUAAGCGCAAGGGGAAGCCGAUUAUCCAGCCAAAAAACUCUGCCGUUGAUAGUGACGAGAGUGAUGAUGAUUUUUAG